AGACAAGCAGAUGGCUAUUAACGUGUUCCUUGGAGUGUUUGUACCAAAAGAAGGAGAAGCCAAUGUAUGGGAACUAUCAACUGAUUAUUAUCUACACCAUAGGACAGCUCGGGAACCACAAUCACCAAAACUGUUUAAGAGUCCUACCAAAUGGUGGAAAGAUGAACUGAUAUCAUCACUACCUUUACCACAAUAUGAAGGACAAGUAAUUGCUAAUAUUGAAGAUGAUCCUGAAGAAGAAGAACCCACUCCUCCAGCAGUACCUCAUAUUAAUAAUGACACUACUGACAGAGACAGUUUUGAUGAAAUCUACAAAACUUACAACUAACCGACUUUGAUAGAUUCCUGAGCACAUCUGUUGUAAGGACUGGAGAUAAUGUUGUGUCCCUUGAUAGUGAAGGUGGUGCUAUUCAAGGUAAUCCUUUUGUAGUGAGAGACAAAAUGAA